AUGUUGAUUUAUUUUAAAAUAAUUUUAAAAAAAUUAAUAAUAUUUUUUUUACUUAUAUUAACAAAGUAAAAUUUGGCCUCAUAAAUUAAAUUAUUUAAGAGCCUAAAUGAAUACAUUAUAAACUUUAUUGUCUUCUUAUUAAACGUGAUCAUUUUUUAUUUGAAAGUUUAAUUUAGAUUUUUAUUCACUUUUUAAAUUUUUUUUAGGAUCUAACUCAACUAAAAGCAUUUCAUUCAUAUCUAUUCUCUUCUUAAAGAAAGAAGGGUUGUUUUAGUAUUGAAAAUUUUAUGGAACAUCUUGUUUUAUGUCUACAGAUUAUUCUUUUUUAAAAUUAAUAUCGUUUACUAAAUAUAUUUUGUUAAGCUGCUUGUUCUCGUCUUUCUCAUAGAAUGA